AUGUCAGGAGUAAAAAGGAAAGAGAUGGGGGGUGCUGAGAAACUCAGAAUUAAGAUAAAUAGGAAAAAAGAGACUGAACAACUUCGUGGUUCUCUGGAUAAUUUUAUUGUGAAAAAACAACGCACAACUGAAAUCAUUUCUUCAACAGCUUCAUCAGAAAAAGCAGAAAAUAGUUUAAAUAACACUACUAGCAAUUUUGACACCUCUGAUGACAAUAAGAAAGACAAUGACACAUUUUGUAAUGACCAAACAAAUAUACUUGUACCUCUAGACAAUAAUCCAGAUGACCCAAGUAACAAAUUACCAACUAAUGCUUUAGAACUAAGAAAUAGAAUACAAAAUGGCCCAUUUCAGCCAAUUUUGAAACUCUAUCCAAGAAUUAAACAAAGUGGUCGGUAUCGUUGUUUUCAAUCGAAUUGGUUUAAGAAUUAUCCCUGGCUGGAGUAUAGUGAAGUACUUGAUAAAUGUUUCUGUUUUCCAUGCAGAGUUUUCUCUGGUAAUCAAUUAAAUGCAGGUCAGAUUGAUAAAACAUUUUCAAAAACUGGAUUUACUAACUGGUACAAAGGUAUAGAGUCUUUUAGAAAGCAUCAGCUAUCAAAAUCUCAUGUGAAUAGUGUUAACUCAAUGAACAAUUAUCUUAAUGAAGCUGUGUUACCAAUUGAUCAAUUAUUGGAUGAAACAAGAAAAGUUAUCCUUGCAAAAAAAGAAACUGAACGUAUUCAAAACAGAAAAUUGAUGGAAAGAAUAAUAGAUAUAAUAAUUUGUCUAGCAAAAUGUGGAAAGUCAUUUCGUGGGCAUAACGAAUCAUUGAAAAGUAACCAAAGGGGACUUUUUUUAGAAAUUAUCCAGCUUCUUUCCAGAUACGAUCCAAUAUUAAGAAAUCAUUUUGACAAUGGACCAAAAAAUGCCCAGUAUACUAAUGAGACCAGUGAUGUGGGGCAUCACGAGCAACUUGCCGUGUUAGUUAGAUAUUUUGAUACUACUAAGAAUAGACCCAUUGAAACAUUUUUAAGUUUAAAGCGUUUAAAAUCUUUAAAUGCUGUAGAUAUUUUCAAUACACUUUCAGAUGUUGUUACUAAUUAUAAUACAUCCUGGUCAUCUGUAUUAGCAGUCUGCUUUGAUGGAGCUUCAACAAUGUCAGGAAAAAUAUCAGGUGUACAAGCAAGAUAUUCCAUUUCAAAGAAAACAGAAAAAAAAAUAAAGCAUAGAAUAGUAUUUGAUUUUCUUGGAACAGUACAAUUCCUAUACAAUUUUAUUGAAGGAAGCCCGAUCAGACAUGCUACACUUGAAAAAAUAUCAAAAGAAUCUUGUAUCAAACUAAAAACUCUGAAGUCGCUGUCAAAUACUAGGUGGGCAUGCAGAGCGGAAGCAGUAUCAGCAGUUCAAGAAAAUUUUAGUAUGUUGGUACCAGCAAUUGAUGAGAUAUGUGAAAAUACUCAAGUACCCGAUGUCAGGGCAAAAGGAUUAGGAUUAAAAUAUCAAUUAAAAUCAUUUAACUUUGUUUUUGCAAUGAAUUUAAUGGAACCAAUUUUUCGAGCAGUAUUAAAGGUUAGUGCUUCACUCCAAGCUCCUGUUCUAGAUUUAUUAGCUGCUGUUGAAAUUGUAAAAGGACUGAAAAAGUUUUUGAGUAAAAUGAGACAUGAUCAACAAGAGUAUGAUAACAUUUACCAAACCACCAUUGAUAUUUGCAAUAAAAACAAAAUUGAUAUUCCAGAAGUAUUAAAAAGAAAAGUUGCUAGAAAAAUUGAUGACAAUGGAGAAUCACAAUUUUUUUCAGAAACUAAAUAUGAUGAAAUUAGGAUUAAUGUAUUUUAUCCUAUUCUAGAUGAUUUACUAGGAGAAAUUGAUAAUAGAUUUUUAGAUAGUACUCUAGAAGUAAUUACUUCGGUUGGUAAUUUAAUUAAAUUACAACCGACUAUUGAAGAUUAUUCAGUUAUAAAAACAUUUUUCAACAUUUUAAAUAAAGAUUUGGACUCUGAAGUCAAAAUACUUGCAUCAAUAAAAGAUAUUCCAAUUGGUACAUGUACUCACACUAUUUAUAAAUGGUUGGAUUGGUUAAUGGCUUCAAAUAGGAAAAAUAUUUUUACCAAUUUCUACGAAGCCAUUACCAAGUUCGUUGUUAUACCAGUCACAAGUUGUGGUUGUGAACGGGCCUUCUCCAAAUUAUCUAUUGUUAAAUCGAAACUACGUUCAACAAUGUCACAAGAACGUUUAGAAUCACUUUUAUUUUUAUUCGUUGAGCAAGAAAUGACAAAAUCAGUAGAUUUCAAUACCGUAAUUGAAGAGUUUAAAGUUUUAAGUCCUGUAGAAAGAAGAUUACCAUUAUAA